CUGAUAAUCACAAAGGAUCUUGGAAUGCAUGAGUGUUAGACCUGUGUAGGAAGUCUGGACUAUAGUUUGUAUUCUACCCAGUGCAAAUGACCUUGAACUUGAGAACUGAAUCCCAGUUUCCUCAUCUGUCAGUUGGGGAUUAUGUUCAUUGACAAACAUUUAUUGAGUUUUUGGUGGUCGGCUUCUAUUCAUAUUGUUAUGAUGAUUGUUGUAAAGUGAUGCGAGAUCUCCUAUAACCCUGCGGUACACGUGCGUGCGCCAGGUGGGCACUGCGGUAGCAUGGACGCUUUGGAUCGAGUUGGAAAGCCCAAAACAAAAAGAGCCAAGAGAUGCCUUGAGAAAAGAGAACCGAAACUCAGUGAAAAUAUUAAAAAUGCUAUGCUGAUUAAAGGGGGCAAUGCAAGUUCAACAGUGACACAAGUACUUAGAGAUGUGUAUGCACUGAAGAAACCAUAUGGAGUUCUGUAUAAAAAGAAAAAUAUUACAAGACCAUUUGAGGAUCAGACAUCAUUGGGAUUUUUUUCAAAGAAGUCAGAUUGUUCUUUAUUCAUGUUUGGCUUCCAUAAUAAGAAGCGGCCAAAUAAUCUAGUAAUAGGUCGUAUGUAUGACUACCACGUGCUGGAUAUGAUUGGAGUAGGUAUUGAGAAGUUUGUCUCCCUUAAAGGUAUUAAGAAUAGUAAAUUUCCGGGGGGAACAAAACCCAUGUUAAUAUUCACAGGUGAUGAUUUUGAUGUAACAGAAGACUACAGAAGGCUAAAAAGCCUUCUUAUUGAUUUCUUCAGAGGCCCCACAGUAUCAAAUGUCCGCCUGGCUGGUUUAGAGUAUGUUCUGCACUUCACUGCACUGAAUGGGAAGAUUUACUUUCGAAGCUAUAAGUUGCUGUUGAAGAAAUCUGGCUGCAGAACACCUCGGAUUGAAUUGGAAGAGAUGGGACGCUCAUUGGAUCUGGUUCUGAGGAGGACACACCUAGCAUCAGAUGACCUUUAUAAGUUAUCUAUGAAAAUGCCCAAAGCCCUCAAGCCAAAGAAGAAGAAAAAUGUCUCUCAUGAUACUUUUGGUACAACUUAUGGAAGAAUUCAUAUGCAGAAGCAAGACCUAAGCAAACUACAAACCAGGAAAAUGAAGGGGUUGAAGAAGUGACCUGCAGAAAGGAAAGCAGAAGACCAGGAGAAAAAAAUCAAAGAGAAUUAAAAAGGAUUGAUGGAAUAUAGCCAAUAACUGCAUUUUUAUUGUAGUCUUUACUUAGAAUUAUCAAGCAUCAAUUAUUUCAGAGUUUCUUGUAAGGUUUUAUUGUAUAUUUUUAUAACUUGAUAAUUUACCUAAAUUAUAUAUUAUAUACAUUGUGAACAGUAACACUAGUAUUAGGUUGAAAGUUAGGCUCUUACUGGAGACAUUACACCCUGGUAUGCCAUUUUCUCUCUGUGAUGUGACAUUUCCCUCUGCCUACCCCCUACAAAGUCUCCUAUCUCAUUGGGUGGGUGAGUGAGGAGGGAUCUCCAGAACAGUCGUUGGUAUUUUAGAAAAUUUUGGGUUAAGCUUUAGAUAAAGGGAGGAAGUUAUGGAAAGUAGAAAUGGUCCAAAGUAACUAUAUACAUGCUCAGUAUGAGCUACCUGGAAAGUUGACCCCAUCUCCCAGCAUAUACAUAAAACCUGACUUUUAUUUUUUUACUUUCCUGUUGUUUUACCUGAAAUUCUACCAGUUAGAGAUCAAUUUUGAGAUUUUAAGCUGUGUGUCUUAAAACAGAUCUUUGAGAUGUCCACUACCUGAUCAUUGACAUACUAUCUUACUAUUGAUUAUUUUAAGAGAUUCUGCUGCUAAAUGGAGCCCUAUUUCUCUUCUUUGGGAGAAAGGAAGUUUUGAUAAGGGUUGAAGUGAGAAAGGAGAGAUUAGAUAAGUUAAGACACAUGACAUUUUAGGGUACUGGGUAGCCGUAGGUAGCUAAAGGUCACAUGAAGGCCCUGGUUGUUUGCAUACAGAGUAGGAGUAAGCCAAAGCCAAACAGCUUAUUUUGAAAUUUUCUUGAAAACUGGCCCUAUGCCUAGGAAAAUGGGGGAAAGCUUUCUGCUUCCUACUCCUAGUAGUGCAAACUUGUUUUCCCUAAAUGUACAAUUUAGUUUCCUUGACUGAGUCCCUGACAAAGAGGCUCCUUUAUACAAGCACACGCCAAUUAUGCUGUAAAAGUACAAACAUAUAUAAACCAUGAUGUGUUAUGUAAAGUAAAAA